AUGGUCACAUCGGCCGAGAUAUUCGACGACCGCGCCCUUGCUGAAGGCGGCGGCGGCGGCGGCAGCGGCGUCGGGGUCUCGAAGAAGGAUGCCAAGGACGGCCUUGCCGACGGGAAGGACGAAGUCGAUGACGACGAACACGAAGACGAACACGACGAACACGAAUACAAAGACGAAGAAGAGCACGGCACGGGGGGCGGUAACGUCAGCGAUAGCGGCAGGAGCGGCUACGGCUACGGCUACGGUGGUGCUCACGGGUCCGUGGGCACAGCGGGCAUGGUCGCCGAAUUCCAGGGCGGCUUCGACAGCGCCUCCGACUACCGGGGCUCCCCCCUAGCAAUCUUGAGGGAGGACCCCGGGCUGUGGAAGCUGGGGGAGAGGGAACCGGCGAGGGUAAGAGAAGCGGCGGCGGAUGUCGGUGCGGCGGCGGCGGCGGCGGCGGUAGAGGCGGUAGAGGCUCCGUUGAAUGGGGCGAAGAAGAAGAAGAUGAAGAUGAGCCCGCGGCUCGGACGGGCGCUUAUGGAGUGGUCGGAGAGCCUGAGCGAGGCGGGCAGGGACAUGGCGGCUCUGACGGGGCUGCAGGCGGUCGUGAUGUGCAUACUCGGCGUGCACCGGCGGAACGUGCUAGCGGGGGUGGAGGAGACGACGGCGGGCCCGGCGGCGGCAAUCGUAGGGGAAGCGUCGUCAUCCCCUGCUGGGGAAGAAGUGAUAGCCGCAGCGGGUGACAAUGGCGGCAUUGUGGUGUCCGCCGGGCAACAGCAAACGGCAGCAGGUGUAGGGGAGACCAGAGACGACGCUGCUACUCCAGAAGGAGGGGUGGCGGCGGCGGCGGGAGACUGGGCUGAGCGAGGACGACCGGACGACGGGUUCGUGUACGGCGACCUGGCCCGCUUAGAGGCCGAGAUUUUCUCCGCCACGGGCGUCGAGGACGCCCUCCUCCAUCUCUGCCCGGGCGGGCAUGGCGGCGGCGCCUCUGGGGCGGGCAGAGGCGGCGUCGGUGCCGCUGCCAAGAGGUCGUCCGUGCUCCGAGGCGUGCCGUGGCUGAGCUUCCUUGACGAAGACGGCAACGGGGGUGCCGUUGGUGACGUGGAAGGGAGGCUCUUGGUGUGGCGACCGCCGGCGGUGGUCGCGGAGGCGCUGGACGCCGACCUUGACGCCGACCCGACCGGCUGGCUGUCUAGCUUCGGCAGCGGCGGUAUUGACGGUGGAGGUGGUGACAGUAGUGCGGGUGACGACCUGGGUUCGGGAUCGUGGCAGGACGGCGGCGACGACAGAGAAGAAGCGGGGCGGCGGUGUCAACGGCAGCCUCCGAGGCAUCCGUGCCUGGCGCAGUUCGAGGCGUACCUGUCCCACCGCGAAGACGUCGACUUCGCCGCCGGGCUUCUAAAGGCCGGUUUCUACCUCAGCUCGUACCUGGUCCUGGGGAGAAUCAUGGCCGCCGCCGCCCUGCCCGAGGAGGCGGGCGCGACGCCCGCGGUAGGGAGGCGGAGGCUGGACCGGCUGCCGGCGCUCCGCGCGGCGGGGGCGGCGGCACCGUCGUGGGCGGCCCUGGAGGCCGAGGCUUGCGCUCGACCGAAGACGUGGAGCAAUCCUGCGCUGGUCCGUCGGUUCGAGGAGCUCGCCGGCUUCCGCCUGGUAGGGGAGGACGGGCGGCUGACACUCGGCGGCUUCCCUGGCUGGACGUUCGACGACGUCGCGGCGGGGGCCCCAGGGUUGCAAAAUUCGGCCAUGGGGGGGGGGCGCGCCGUGUCGAGGCGCGCGUUCAGACACGCGGAGAGGCUUGAGGCGGAGGAGAGAAAGAGGACUGCGGGAGGCUCCGCCGUGGGAGAAGCGGAGGGGGAGGGGGUGGAGGGGGUUCCGCCGACUAUCAACGGCAGCAGCGGCGGCGGCGGCGGCGGCGGGAGCAACGGGGCGACGGACGCGCCGAGGCUGAAUGGGCUCCUGCGAAUGCCGGGCCUAAACACGCUGGACUACACGCCGAGCUUGGCUUUCGCCCCGCGGUUCGAGGCGUCGAGAUUCCUGGCGGACUUGCUGCUCCUGUCCUGCAACAGGGAGGAUUACCGGGCAAGGAAGAUCCAGAGCUUGGAUAGGCUGGACCGCAACCCGGCGGGCUUUAAGGACAGACGGAAGCCUCACCUCGAGGAACAAAUCAGGGCUUCCGUCGACGGUGGAUUGGCGUUGCUGGUAGCGGCCUCGCUCAAACGCCUGCAGGACAAGCGCGAGGCCGGGUGGGCGGUAAACGCUGACGCCGUCGAGGAAGGCGGGGGCGGCUUGUUUUCGGGAGGUGGCGGCGGUGGUGCCAGCGGCAGCGGCGGGGGCCAAGAGAAGCAGGCGGCGGCGGCGGCGGCGGCGGCGGCGGCGGCGGCGGCGGCGGCGGCGGCGGCGGCGGCGGCGGCGGCGGCGGCGGCGGCGGCGGCGGCGGCGGCGGCGGCGGCGGCGGCGGCGGCGGCGGCGGCGGCGGCGGCGGCGGCGGCGGCGGCGGCGGCGGCGGCGGCGGCGGCGGCGGCGGCGGCGGCGGCGGCGGCGGCGGCGGCGGCGGCGGCGGCGGCGGCGGCGGCGGCGGCGGCGGCGGCGGCGGCGGCGGCGGCGGCGGCGGCGGCGGCGGCGGCGGCGGCGGCGGCGGCGGCGGCGGCGGCGGCGGCGGCGGCGGCGGCGGCGGCGGCGGCGGCGGCGGCGGCGGCGGCGGCGGCGGCGGCGGCGGCGGCGGCGGCGGCGGCGGCGGCGGCGGCGGCGGCGGCGGCGGCGGCGGCGGCGGCGGCGGCGGCGGCGGCGGCGGCGGCGGCGGCGGCGGCGGCGGCGGCGGCGGCGGCGGCGGCAGCGCCGAUGUCGUCGGGGUUCACGCUCGACCAACUGCACACGGAGUUGCACCAACUCCUCGCUGUCAAGGUGUCAAGGGCGGUGGCGCUCCAGGGCAUCGUGGCCGCCCCCGGAGUCGUCCGCGGCGCCCACGAGAGGUGUUGGUGGACAUACGACCCCGACGCCGUGCGCAGCGCGAUUAUCGGGGUUGGAAAGGACGGGUCGGAGGAGGAGGAGGAAGCGCAAGUUGACGAGAUUCGGGGCUUUUUCACCAGGGCCUUCAACCUUGGUCGCCCUAGGGCAGGGGAAACCGAAUCUGCUCGCCAGACAGCGAGACAGCCUCAGCAGGCGGCGCCAGCGGCAGCCCGAGUCUCAUCGAGACCGCCCGCUGCGGCCGCAAGUGCUGCUGACGCUAGAAUAUCCGUAGCGCCGCACGAUUCGCGGCCGGAGCUUGCAACCCUGGUAGAGGACGGCGUGGUCUCAGCCGAAGAUCAAACAUGACGAUGUCGUAUAUGUCAUGCUGCUUGUGUUCUGUUGGGUUCUUAAGGUUGCGGUUCCGUUCAUCUCUGAGGUGAAUUGAUGCCGAUACUGCUCCUGCUGUGGUGAUAAGUACUAAGCAAUUUAUGUGUGAAGGUCUUUGUUGUGAUUUUUUUGGGUGAUAGAUCCGGUUGUGGUUGUGAGUAACGUGUUGUUAUUGUUAUGAUUUGUUUUGGGCCUUGUUUUGAGGCCCCAUUUUGUUUUUCUGCGGUGAUGUCAGGGAAGUCAACGUCGGUGAAAUGUAUGACUGUCGAGGCUCAGGGGGGGGGCUGCAGUUCAGUCAGCCUGUUCUAUUUCGCAAGCGACGAUGUGCGUGGGUGCAUGUUACUCUUAUGAAGAACAAUCGUGGCGUUUUGCGUACAUCAUGAAGUCCCCAAUGCUUUCGAGGAGGGAAAAACGUGUGUAUGUCAGGCACGAUACCGAGUGGACGCAGGGAUGGCAUGCUUCGGUGAGGCUCCAACGUUCCAGGUAGUUAGUUGUUCAUGGGCAGGUCGUCCCCGGGGCUGCGUGCAGACCAUGAUUUGUACUGAUAUAUGUAGAGUGUGGAAAACCAAAACUGGUUUGGUUGACCUGGACCGCGCCGCUCGUUGGUGAUUUCGAGCGUGUUUCGUAUGUCAAGCUUGCAAGGCGAUUGGCGCCACACCACUCGGUGGCCUCUCAUCGCUAUGGGCCUUUGCCUCAGAGCCCUAGCAUUGUGGUAGGAGGAGUCGUGUUGUCCCAGGCCUCCGCCGGCGACUGACUGUCAAUGAAAUUCCUCAUUUUGUUGCGGCUCACGGGUCGUUUUUGCGGGCGAGCAAUGUUUUUGCUGUCACUUUGUUUCUGCCGAGUGUUGAGCGACAGGGGCUGCGAUUUCACUCGAAUUUUUCCCAUCGCUACUUUGCUUUUUUACGAUGCUGUGUGAAGAUGAAGAGAGUCGCCACUAUCUCGCGCGAUACAGCACGCGUCAACCAUA